CUGUCGUAAAACAAGUGCUGCUUUACGGCAAAUCGGAUGUCAGUUGCUCCAGUAGAGGAACAUGUGAGAAACUCUAGCUGUUACUUCUUAAACCUGUGUAUCUGUAAAAUGUACUAAAACCGUUAACUUUUAAGCGCACAGUCUACUUCAGUUUUCUCCUAUUUUAUAUACGCGAAAGUAAAACAUUAUUCAAAUUACGUUUACGAAAAACGUAAUGUUAAGCAAACACUAAAUGAGCAGUUAGCUAUCUAGCUAACUACAUAGCCUUUGGUUUGAGCAGCUGUCAGAAUCUUAGUCUUAAGUAUAAACUUGAUACGUACUUCAGCAAUGUUUUAUUUUAUCGGUCUUGGUCUCGGUGAUGCUAAAGAUAUCACGGUAAAGGGACUGGAAAUAAUCAAGCGAUGCAGCCGGGUUUACCUGGAAGCCUACACGUCCAUACUGACUGUGGGGAAAGAAGCACUGGAGGAGUAUUAUGGGCGAGAGCUGAUUUUGGCAGACAGAGACAUGGUGGAACAGGAGGCAGAUGAGAUCCUCAAGGGUGCUGAUGUCAGUGAUGUGGCCUUCCUGGUGGUGGGAGAUCCAUUUGGAGCCACAACCCACAGUGACCUAGUCCUGAGAGCAAUGAAUGCUGGGAUAGAGUACAGAGUCAUCCAUAAUGCCUCUAUCCUGAAUGCAGUGGGCUGCUGUGGGCUGCAGUUGUACAAUUUUGGUGAGACAGUGUCCAUAGUGUUCUGGACAGACAGCUGGAAACCAGAGAGCUUCUACGAUAAGAUCAAGAGGAACAGGGACAUGGGCAUGCACACGCUCUGCCUUCUGGAUAUCAAAGUGAAGGAGCAGUCCAUGGAGAACCUCAUGAGGGGUCGUAAGGUUUACGAGCCUCCCAGGUUCAUGACAGUGGCUCAAGCAGCUGAGCAGCUGCUCGAGGUGGUACAGAACCGCCGAGAGCGAGAAGAGGAACCAGCCAUCACUGAGGACACGGUGUGUGUGGGACUGGCGCGGGUAGGGGCCGAUGACCAGGCCAUUCGAGCUGGAUCUCUGCGUGAGAUGGCGGAGUGUGAUUUGGGAGCGCCGCUGCACUCUAUGAUCAUCACAGGCCACCUGCACCCGCUCGAGGUGGACAUGCUGAAGCUCUUCAGCAGCCCAGAGGGUCUCAGCGGCCUGAAGAUGACCGACAGCUCCACCUAUGUCUCCUGAGAACUCGUGCAAAACUUUAACUCUCCUGCUGUCUCACGUCUGGAGCUUCAAGGAAACCACACGAAUUAUGGUGUAGCUCAAAAAACGGUCCAUGCAAGUUGCAUUACAGUAUGGUGUUUUUGGGUUAAUUAAGUUUUUCUGUACAGCCGGCGAAUGAAUUACAGAGGAGGGAAUGGUAAAAAGGUCAUAGAGAAAGGGGGGAGGGUGUUCAUUUGGGGCAAAUGAAUGCCUCUGAAAUUCUAAAUAGUGCACACUAACUUUGGUCUUGUCAUGUGACCAUAAAACAUGUGCAUUUUAUUGCUGCUGGGUUUCCUGCAGUCCCGAUCCAACAUGCCUCGGCUCCGGUUUCUGGAUGUGAGCCUCUUGUCAAAUCAUUUCUCUCUGUACAAAAUUUAUGAUGAAACCAAUUUUCAAAAAACAUUCUGCUUUUGUAUUUAAACACCUUUAAAAAUAACACAGGAAAUAUUUUCCAAAGGUUUUUAAAGAAGUUAGUUAUAGGAGAAAGAAGUGCAUUGGGCCUGGGAUCCCAUGAGAUUCCACAACACAAAAAAAAACAGGCACAGGAGCAGGUGUUUUAUUUAUAUAUAUAUAUAUAUAUAUAUA